GAGCAAACAUCCUGCCUCUCGCAGCUCAACUCACUUGUUUAAAUGUGUCCGUGAGGACAUAUUUCAGUGGGGAUCGUCCCUCUGUUUUGACAGUCAGCCACAAUGAAAUUGCAUUCGGACAUCGACGUGACAGUGCUCUUCAUGGCGGAUCCUCGGCCGCUCGCCUCGGUACAAGGAUCGGAUGGCGCCCGCUGACCUGCUGCCCGGAGGACGGAUGGUGUUGUGCUUUUAAUCUCAUUUAGAGUAAGGAGGGCUUGUUUUUUUCUUGUUUUGUUCUUUUUUUUCUACCCAAAUAUCAAUCCUACAAAUUAAACCUCGUGGUUUCUAAAUUUAUUCUAGCCGCAGGUAGCUUUUUUUUUUUUGUGUGUUUUUUUUUAAAUAGAUACGUAGGCUACUGUAAAUAGGAAAAGGGCAAAGAUGGUCUACACUUCCAGCUGUCUACCUAUUUCAUUCGAUUCAUUUCAGCAUCGGCUCCAGAUGACCCGCUUGACUUCCUCUCCCACGAGAGACAGGGCUUCGACAUAGAGCUGGAACACCCGGAAUUUCUUUCUUGCUUUUUUUUUUUUUUUUUUUUUUACAUGGCCGUCACAUACAAUGUCAAAGACAAAACUCUUUAAGAUGCACAUCUGUAUAUUCCUGGAUGGAGCUGGGAAAAGAGAAGAGAAGCUACAAUAUGAAGUGUGAUGACAUAUUUGGAAAUAUCGGAAACCAUAUUCUACUCCUAAAAUGCAUUGUCAUUGUGCAUAUUUCAUUUAUUCAUUUCAACAACAACAAAAAACUCUUGGCCUUUUUUUCUUUUUUUCUCAGCAGUGGCAGCAUAUGACUGGUCAAUGCCUCGUACUGUAUGUGUGGGCGGGAGGUUUUUGAUAGGUACAUUUGACGCUAUAAGUUUUUGGGAUUUUCACACAACCUGACAACAGCUUCUUCUGUUCGUAUUUUUUUUUUUCUUCACAAGCAUGGCUGAAAACUCUCUAACUGACAAGCUCUGCAAUGCUGCUGCCUCUGGAAACCUACCUGACGUAUUGUUUUGGCUGCAAAAUGGAGCAGAUGUCAAUGGAUUAAAUAAAUACAAGAGAACUGCACUGCAGGUGGUGAUGUUGGGGAGCACCAGCGUCGUUGAGGCUCUCCUUGCGGCGGGGGCACGCCCCGACGUGCGCGACCCGGUCCUCGGUCUCACCGUGACCCACGACGCCGCGCGCGGAGGGUUCGCGCACACCGUGCGCGCGCUGCUGCAGCACGGGGCCAACGUGGACCUCGUGGACGACCGGGGGAACCUGCCGCUGCACCUGGCCGCCACGGCGGGUCACCUGGACGCGGUCCGACUGCUGAUCGGACGCACCGCGGAGCCCCGCAUGCCCGACAACCAGGGACGCACCGCCGGGCAGCUCGCCCGGGAGUGUGAGCACCUCCCCGGGAGGAUGGCCACUGCCAAUUACAUCGAGGAGUAUUUGAGCUCACAUUAGAGGAGGAUAAGGAUGAAGACAAAACUCAAACUUCAUUGUAUCGGAGUCUUGAUUUGGCUGAAUACUUCUUUUGAUUCUGUUAUUGUGCUUAUGCCCUUUUAAUAUACUGAUUUAAUAUACUGAAUAAGAUUAUAUUAUUUUUUGUUUGUAUAUUUAGUUUUUUUUACCUAUAUUCUAAAUUGCCCUGAAUUGGCUUGAUAAUGAGACGGUUUACACACUUAUCUAUACAUUUGAAUGCUGUUUGGAGAUAUGGGGGAGACCAAGCUCACUGCUGUCAAUGAAAACUGCUAAUUUGUGAUCGUGAUGUAAAAUAAUAUUCUCCCCCCACUCAAUGAUUCUGGUACAUACUGUGUAGUGCAAUCCAGUACUAACACUAUGGCCCACAUAAUCUACACAAAGCAAUGAUCAGUUUUUGUUGAAUAUUUCUGCAAAGUUUUUAAAUCAGAUGUUUAUCGUUGGGGUCAUAGUGGUGUAUUGAAAUGCGUUUCUAAUUUUCAUCCACUGUAAUGUUUGUAAAUGGUACGGGCAAAACAUUAGAAUCACAUCUCAAUAUGAAGUAGUGAACAUUAUCAUUUUUGUAAAAGUUGACGCUUUGGCUGAACGCUUUUAUCGGAUUGCAUUCGAUUUUCCAGGUGUACCUAUUAGUGGCCACCUGAAUUUUAUUCUGUCACUAUUUGAGAGCCAUCUAAAUAUGUUUUUCCAGGCUCUUCACAAGGUUUUUGUCUGUCGUCUCACUGUGUGAAUUGUGCAGACAAAUGCCACAUUAAGGUCGUGUACACUCAAAAACAAAAUAUUUGUUUUCGGUGCAGAGACAUUUAGAAAUUGCUGCUAUGAUUCAUUAACAAGUCAGUAACUUGUAACUGGGGUGUCAUCAGUGGAGGAGUGAGUUGUGAACAAAAUGAGAAAUUGUUUCCCUAAAAGCCGUUUUAAUUUUAUCAGUUUAACUAAAAUGUAAAAAAAAAAAAAAGCCUAUAAUGUCA